AUGGCCAACACAAACAGCCAUCCGUUCUUCCUCUCUGCCAACCAAGCUCAAGGUCUAGCCAACUACACGCCCGCAAGAAUAGUAGAACCAUCAACAAAAACUAUCUACGUCUCCGGUACCUCCUCUCGACGCGGUGAUGGUACCUGGGCAGGUGUCAAAGAAGAUACAGAUGGUCGCCUGGAACUCAACAUCCGGGAGCAGACAGAGGCAGUUCUAUCUAACAUCGACGGCGUAAUCCGGGGCGCCACAGAUGGCAAAGGCAGCAUAGCGGAUAUUGUCGAUGCCACGAUCUUCCUGGUGAACAUAAAAGACGACUACUCCGGAAUGAACGAGGAGUGGAACAAAGUCUUUCCCGAGAAGACUGCUGCACCAGCGAGAACGACUGUGGAGGUGAGGGCAUUGCCAGAUCCGAGACUGCUUGUGGAAAUCAAGUGCACUGCUGUGGUCAGCAUAUGA